AUGGCCGCCAGUGGCUUUACGGCUCAGUUACUUGUGCUUCUGAGGACGAUUCGUCACCUGCAGUUUAGCGAUAAAUUGCUAGUUGCAGAGCAUAUAAGCCAAGAUGGCUUCGAGAGGGAGGCUGGCGUACUGAGAGAAGUUCUCCGCAUCGCGACAGCCUCUCCAGACUAUGGCGGUAUGGGUAUGUCAGCGGAUCGAGAUUCUCCGGCUGAUGAGGGUGAACUGCUCUUACUGGCCUCUGCAUUCAAACCCAUCGACCGUCCCCUUAUGAAUGUGACGGAAAAGAUCUUUGCUUUUCACGAUGUGUCGCAGAAGGGCUGGGUGCGUCCUGGCGAAGCAAUCCUCGUCUCCGUGGACUGGGUUCUGUCUAGCGAGGCCAGCUGGCACAAUAUGCUCAAGGUAUAUCAGAAAAUGGGAGAUCCAGGCAUCUUCCGUAACGACCGCUUCUGGCUGGCUGGUGACCACGUCGUCGACCCUCGCCUAAUGGACAAGCCCCUGGUGCGAGAGCUAGUUGACGAGAUGGACAUGGCCCGAAAAAAGUUCAAGUUGACGCAGUUCCAAGGCAGCAACUACACCAUCAUGCACACAGAGUUCCACCGCGAGCGGGUACAGCCCGGCCAGCUCGUCAUCGGCUCGGACUCACACACGUGCAGCGCCGGCGCAGAUGGAUGCUUGGCCAUUGGCCUGGGUGCCGCCGAGGUUACCAUGGCGUUGGUGACGGGUGAAAUUUGGUUCAAGGUGCCAGAGGUUGUCGAGAUUCGACUCGUCUCCAAAGCUCGACGAGGGAUUGGCGGUAAGGACAUCAUUCUUCAUAUACUCAAGGUGCUCAAGCGCAAUACCGUUGCUAAUGCUCGGUUUGCCAUCGCCAAUAUGAUAACGGAGUUUGGAGGAAUAACGGGAAUAUUUGCUCCUGAUGGUAUAAGCGAGCAGUUUAUCCAGUCUCGAAAGACUCUCCGUCACAAGUCCGAUUCUUUCUUCUUCAAAGCCGACCCAGGUUGCUCAUAUUCCUCUUCGCACACCAUUGACCUCUCCCAAGUCGAGACAACCAUUGCGCGGUAUCCAAGCCCAGAUGACGUAGUCUGCAUCUCCGACAUGGCUGGGUCUCAGCUGGAUGGCGUGUUCAUCGGCGCAUGCACAACAGCUGAAGAAGACCUCGUUCUAGGCGCUCUCGUUCUCCGCGCUGGACUCGAAAAAGGCUGGAAAUCCGUUGCCCACGGACAGCGACGUGUGGUCCCGGGGAGCCGUCCCAUCGCUGACUUUCUCCGACAGACCGGACUUGCUGAGGUCUAUGAGAAUGCAGGUUUCACUAUUGGCAUACCCGGGUGCAGCUAUUGCGUGGGUAUGGGUGCUGAUAUGGCAGCACCUGGUGAGGUUUGGCUGAGCAGUCAAAACCGAAAUUUUGAAAACCGCAUGGGCAGGGGUGCCAUUGGCCAUCUGGCAUCUGCCGCUGCGGUCGCAGCAUCGUCCUUCAGCAUGACGAUAACCUCCCCUCAAGAGUUAGUGAGCAGUAUCGCAGAUGAACAAUGGGACCAAGUCAAGGGCAAAGGAUCGUUGGGUGAUCAAGUUCCGCCUGAGCCACAUUGGGUUGAGCCGCCUUUCGACACAGGCGAGACGACAGGAGAAGAAUCCCUCGCGGGGGAUGUUCAUGAGGAGCCCACCGGCACUACUGCUAAAGCCACCAUCAACAGCAAGAUAUACAGGCUUGGUGAUUUUGUUGAUACGGAUGCGCUUGCCCCGGCGCAAUUUGCGCUUUCGUCAAAGGAUGAAGAGGAGCUGGGCCGACACUGCCUCAAAUUUACGAACCCCGAGUUCCGACAGCUUGUCCAGGAAGGACACAGGGUUGUCGUCGCUGGAAAGGCGUUUGGAUGCGGAUCCAGUCGACAGGAGGCUGUCCAGGCAUUGCUAGGAAUCGGAGUCCAAUGUGUCAUUGCUGAGUCAUUCGCUUUCAUAUACAGUCGCAACCAGCCCUCAUUAGGGCUAUGGGGCUUCACUAUGACAGAUCCUUGCUUUUACGACAAGGCACAGACUGGAGAAUCUAUCCAUAUUGAUUUCAGCCUCAAUGAGUUGACUAUUAGUGGUGAACGGUUCCCGUUUGAGUUAACCGAUAUAGAAAAGGCUCUCACGAGACGCGGUGGCAUUAUCAAAGCCUUUAACCAGUAUGGUACAAAGCACUACAAGGACAUUUGUGGCCCUGCCACUUGGGAGACCAUACUGACCUAUGUCAAGAAGCUGCACUAUAAUGAGAUACGCGUUGUCUUCUUCAGCUCCGCUCCCCAAAGCGGUGGUGCCGCUCUUAUGCGUCACGCACUAGUCCGCUUCGCUCGCCUGACGGGUGUAAGAGAUCGUCUUUGA